AUGGGCUGCGGGCUCUCACUCUCAACCCCCUCGACUGCGAAUAAAAAGCAGCAGUGGGAUGUGGCCGUUCGGUCCAAUACAGCGCACGGGUCAUCGCACCAUGCUCAGGCCUCACGUCUGCUCGGCCACUGCAAGGGCUUGCUUCGCCCGGCUACCGUGUACUCUUCGCCGAGGACCAGUUAUGCUGCGUCUAUAGAGAGAGGCAGACCGGCGUGGAGCCCUUCGUCCAGCACAAGAGACUCGCUGCUCGACCAGUAUAACCUCUCUGAUGGUCCACAGCCGUCCACGCACUUGUACACGGAGCAAGUGGCAAGCAUGCAGAGCGGGGCUCUUGAAGAGCGCAGCAUUGUGGACGACUUUGACGCCAUAAGCAAGCAGUCAAGCAUAGAGAAUCCGAACUGGUCUUACGAUGUCAGCGUUGAUGCGCCGCCGUACGAGCCGGCACACGGCACGAAAAAGGAAGGGACCACUCUUUUGAGUCCUCCAGGGAUGACUCCAGGUCAGCCCCCCUAUGCGGUUAUGGCUGCAGCGUCGGCUCGACCACCACGGUCCGUGAGCCGUGCGAAUAGUAUUGGCGGCUGGAUUGCAGCCAAAAAGGCGGCAAAGACUUCUGUAUCUGUGAAGCAGCCCAUCCCUAGCGCAACGGCGUGGAGAGCUUCCAUGUCGACGAAUGCUGGGCAUGCUGAGGUGCUUGCACCAUCUGCACAACGCAUGCCCCGUGGUAGCAGCUGCAGUGAGUCGCCAGCUGCGCCUGAUAAAUUGCGAUGGUCUGUCGUGGAUGCGUUCGCGGAGGCGGCCGCGUUGCCAAGAAGCACGAACGCAGGGCAGGGGUGGAAGAGGGAAACCCUGCCAACACGGCACGCGGUGAGCACUCCCGGUACGGCAGCGCAUUCGGUCGAAUGUGUAACGGACAUGUCCCUGACCGAUGAGUACGAUCUGAAUGUUAUGAUGCGUGCUGCGGAAACGCCUUUGACACCGUCUCGACCACUCUCAGCCCAUUCAACGCAGUCGCCGAAGGUGAAAGGCGCCAUGUCGACGCCACAUCCAAGCUUUUUAGAUACUGUCAGUGCCGACAGCUCCCCCUUCACGCUGAGUCGAACCAGCGCGCCGCUUGGCAGCUCGCCGAGCCCGACCAGCUCAUCAGAGCUGACAACCACUGAAAGUUUCGAACGGGCUUUUUGCCAAAGCAAACCGUCAACCGACAGUCAGUUCGACAGCUUUUUUGGUACCCCGCUCAACCGCCCCCAAAGCCGGGAAAGGGUGUUGGUCGACAGCGAGAACAGAAGCGCUGAUUCCCAGUAUCUCUGCCAAUCGGACGAAAACGCACUGUACAGCUUCUACGCGAUCGGCAACAACAUGGACCCCUUUCUCAACGGCGAGGAGGACACGGUGAUGUGCAGCGCGCACGAAGAGGACCACAGUGAACUCUUCACCAUCCCACACACGUCCUGUGCAAGCCAUGAUGGCGGUAGUGAAAAGACCUACGUUAGCCUCAACAAGCGUGACGAUACGGAACAUGCGGACUCCGAUGGUCAUGGUGACGACGUAGACAAGGGUCUUGACGACCUUUCUAGCAAGACCAGCGCAGCUGCUAAUAGGGUAGUCGAUCACACCAUGCCUGUGCUGGGAGCUGCUACGCGAGCACGAAAAGAACGGCGGCGGACCGUGAAGAUUGUCGAUCAUGCCGCUCCUCCUUCCCUGGGCAUGAAAACGCCGGCCAAAACUAUUCUGAUGAAAUAG